UUCUGCCUAAAAUUUUUCUAAUAAUUAUUCUUCCAUUGAACCAACUAUAAAUCCAGACAUAAUUUGUUUUAAAGAAAUUAAUCUUCGUAAAAAUAUGAAAUUUAAAACUUUAUUUUUGUAUUGAUGCUUGUAUGCCUGAGUUGGGGCUAUAAAUCCAAGUGUAGACAAGAAUUUUCCCUUCUGGCAAAUGCUGAGAGAUUUUCUUUUUGGCUGCCCACUGCUUCUCCCAGCUCCCAUUCUUCAACCAGGCUGGCUUAUCAGACAACACAAACCCUAACCCACCUUCAUAUCUCUUCUUCAUCAUCAUCAUCAUCAUCUUCUCUGAGAAUGAACCUAGAAGAAAAGGUGACCAUGGACUUGGUUCCACCAUCUGAGCAUCUCUGCUACGUUCGCUGUAACUUCUGCAACACUGUUCUUGCGGUUGGAAUUCCAUGCAAGAGAUUGCUGGAUACUGUGACAGUGAAAUGUGGGCACUGCAGUAACCUAUCAUUUCUCAGCACCAGGCCUCCUCUCCAAGGCCAAUGCCUUGAUCACCAAUUGACUCUUCAGAAGAAACAGGGUUUCUUCAGUGAUGUGAGAAAAUGCCAAUCUUCAUCGUCAUCCUCGUCUACAUCAAGCGAGCCAUUGUCACCAAAAGCACCCUUUGUGGUGAAACCACCUGAGAAGAAACAUCGACUUCCAUCUGCUUACAAUCGAUUUAUGAAGGAGGAGAUACAGCGGAUCAAAGCAGCAAAUCCUGAGAUACCACACAGGGAAGCAUUCAGCACAGCAGCAAAAAAUUGGGCUAGAUACAUUCCAAACUCAGCAGCUGGAUCAGUUUCUGGGAUCAGCAACAGUGAUUGAUGAAGAGAUGAAUGUGUGAGAGGCAAGGCAUAUGCAUGCAAUGGAUGGAGAGAUGUGGGAAGUAGAAGAGCAGUUGAUAAGCAUUAGCUAGACAUGCAUGUGUAAAAUUGGCUAAAUUAACUACCUUCUAUGUCUCAAACUUGAUUAAUUUCUUAAUUGUUGUGUUUGAUCAUGAUUUGGUUUCAUGCAUGUAUGGCAAUGCGUUUCUCUUAUUGAAAUUUUAAGCAAUGGCUAAGGAUUAAUUUC